GCUGCAACUGCCCUACGAUGGAAAGAACAUCAGCAUGUUGAUUGUUCUCCCUUACGAAAGAGAUGGUGUAGAUAGGCUGAAGAGAGAAAUGUCCAACGAUAUUUUCAAAAAUUUCUUCACUCAUUUUAGAAAAAGUGAGGUAAACGUCACUCUUCCAAAAUUUAAAUUUGAAUAUUCUCGAGAACUAAAAGAAGAUUUAGAGAGAUUUGGAUUUAAAAGUUUAUUCGGUCGGGAUGCCGAUUUGUCUGGAAUGACAGGAAGUAGAAAUUUGUACGUGGAUCGAGUGGUACACAAAGCUGUCAUAGAGGUUAAUGAAGAAGGAAGCGAAGCUGCUGGGGUAACUGCUGUAAUUGUAGCAGAAAGCGCCAUAAUAAACCCACGUGUUGAACAAUUCCUUGCAGAUCACCCCUUCCUGUUUUAUAUCGUAGAUAAUAGAAGCAAAUUGAUACUAUUUAUGGGAAGUGUUGACAAACCAUAAAUUGUCAACUAAGCUGUAAAUUUAAUAAAUUUCAAUAAAAUUACAUUUAUUUGUUGA